AAGGCACCGGGGCUUCCUCCGGGGAGGCUGACGCGGGUGCUGAGGACGACCUGGCUCCCCGUGCGGCUGACCGUCAGGCUCUUCUCCGUCUUCCUCGCGUGGUUCUUCAUCACGGUCCCCGGCCUGGUCCGGGCCUGGGUGCCGCACUCCUCGGAGAUCCUGUCGAUGGGGUUCCUGUACAUCUUCGCCCAGGCUCUGGGCCUCAUGUGGCUGCUGCUGGUGAACAUGAUCUCGAUCUUCUCGGUCGGCUUCGUCGACUACGUCCAGCGCUGGUUGUCCAGCGAGCACAGCCACAUGGGCAGCGCGCUCGAGAAGGUGCUUGCGGCCUACGUGCAGUUCUGCAUCCUCCGCAUCAUGUUCUUCAUCGGCACCAGUCUCGGCGUCAUCGGCUGGGAGGCCUUCUCCGACUUCCCCACCGUCCGCCACCUCGUCAUCGGCGAGCGCGCCGGACGCUUCCGCCCCAGGCCCGCGCGACGCCCGGCAGAAGCUCGAGGAGCCCGCCGGCGCCGGCGCGGUCGGCAACAUGCUGCGGGUGCCCCCCCCCCCCUGCAGGGCACACGACGGUGCUGUCGCCGCAGCCGCGGCCCGCGCGGCUCCCGGACGCGCCGCGGGAGGAGCACGCGCGGUCGCAGAGCCCCCUGCGCAGCUCGCUGCAGGCCAAGCCCAAGGACAGGACCCGGAGCGUGGUCCUCGCACCCCGGGGGAGGCCUCGCCUGGGCGGCACAGCGCGGCGGUGCCCCCGGCCGACCCGUCCUCGCCGAGGCGGCCCGGCGCAGAGGAUCCGUGCUCAUAACCUCGCCCUUGACGACUCCGAGGAUGCAGCGCUCCCCCAGCAGCACGCUGUUCGCCCCCCACACCGUGCCCAGGUCGCAGGCGCGCUCGCGGCGGGCCACAGUGGCGGUGGGGGACUUCCGCGCUGAGGCGGCCGAGGGCGCAGGCCAGCCGUGGCCCGCCACGGCGGAGCAGCUCCGCGCGUGCGCGGAGGACGCGGCGGGGCUCCCGCGGAGGGGCGACGUGUCCCCGCCGCGGCGCAGCAUGGCGGCCGCCGAGGCCGAGUCCUCCCCCGCCUCGCGGCGCACGAUCUUGCCGCAGCCCAUGCCGAGCGGCACGCAGACGGCCAUCUCGUCGCCGCACAGGACGCCGGCCAUGACAGCCGAUGUACUCAGCAGAUCUUCGCCUUCCGACUAUCUGCAGUCCAGCAUGGCCAGCAGCGUCCCUGUGGGCAGCGGCGUCGUGGGCGCUGGCGGCGUGGUGCACCGGGGCGUGUACUUCCGCCCGAUGGUCCACGUCGCCCCCCAGCAGCCCCACGCCGCUGUGCACCCGCUGCGCCAGCCCGCCGCACCCGACCGCGGCGCGUUCCAGCUGCGCGGGCCGGUGCUGUCGGACUCUGGCCGCCGAUCCCCCCGGCUCGCCUUCGUGCAGGCCGGCGCCGCGGCGCCGCAGCACGCGGCCCUGGCGCACAUGCACGCCGCCUUGGCCACCCCGCCGGCGCCGUGCCCCGUGGUGUACGCCCCAGCGCAGUCGCCGCAGCAGUCGCCGCGCCUGGCCAUGCGGACCUUCCGCUCCAGCACCUUUGCGGCCUCGGCCUUCAAGGCCAAGCUGCAGGAGAUCGCCGAGAAGAAAGACAUGGAGCUCGACGCCGAGAAGGUGCACGCCGCGGGCGCCGAGAAGCGCCUCGCGAACCUCCGCAAGAAGUUCCGCGAGACGCGCAGCGAGCAGGACAAGGCAGCCUUCGAGACGGAGAAGGCCAAGUACUUGGCAGACCACCCCGACCACAAGGAGCAAGUGGAGCAGGCCUACUCGAGCACUGGAGACAAGUACAGGAUCACCCUGAACGUGGAGACCGCGGCGAUCUUCCAGAUCAACAGCAGCGAGGUCUCGGUAAUAUCGCGCGGUCGCGAGGAGGGCUUCACCCCGGCCGGGCUCGGCUGCACGCAGGUGGAGGCGUCCCGUGACCCUCGCCGGGAGAGCGGUCCAGAAGUGACCGCCAUCCGCACAGAGCUGUCCAGGAUGGCGAAGCAAGCUGCCUUCGACGAGUGGUCCGCGCUCCUUUUGUCGUCAUCGCGGGUGGGCAGUGGACUCGUGAGCGGCAGAGUGUCGCAGGUGUCGCAGGAGCCCCGAGACCCUUGCCCAUGGGAUCUGGAGCUGCGGGAGCCGGACGCGUGGGGCGGCGAGCUCGAGGUGCAGGCCCUCUGCGCCGUCCUGAAGGUCAACGCGCUGAUCCACCAGCCCGCGGAGGUCUCGAAGGCCGACGAGCUGCCGCGCCACGUCAUCAAGGUGGACAACUACGGUGAUGAAGCGCGUUGUGUUCAGCUGUGCUUCCAUAAGAAGUACCACUCGGGAGAACACUACAAUUCCGUGCGCAGCAGCGACGACCGAGGCGAUAAUGUCCCGCCGUUUCUGACCCUCGCUGCUAUCGAGCAGAAGAUGUCCCAGGCGCUAAGCCGGUCGAGGAGAACGGGUCAGAGGCCGGCCAACUCCGGCUCCAGCGCGCCGUCCCCGUCGCCGAGGGGCUGAGGGCGGCGGCGGCGGCGCCCUCCGCGCGCGCGCUCUCCGCCCGGGCGCGCCACGGCCGCGCCUCGCUCGGCCUGCUUGCGACGUGCCCGACUUAUGCCAUUGUGUUCGUUCCCCUGAUUCUCUCCGCCUGUGCUCACGCCCACGCACCGCCCUGUGCAUGGCCCGUCUCGUCUGCCCGCUGGCCCGGCUCCGCUCGCUCUGCGCCGGCGCUCGGCCUGUGCGCCGCCAGGGGGCGGCCCGCCGCGGCCAGGAAUCGGCAGGCCGCGGCGCCGUCGUUUCCGUCCUCGGGGCACGCGACGCAGUGGAGUGCUUCCGCGUCGCGUCGCGCGCGACAUUUCAGACCAGCAGAUGCGAGAUCGUGGGUGGCACGCGGUCGGGAAAAAGGCGUCCCUGGCAUGGGCAGGGCGGUGUCUGCUCGGACGCUGUGCCCGACCCGCCUGCCUUGCGCUAUCGCGCGGCUCCGUUCCUAGGAUCUCGAAGGGCA